UUCUAUGCUAGAUAGUGAGCAGUGUAAUAUAGUGACACCUAAAGUUAAAAACUUUGGGAUACGGAUUCAAGAUUCAGAUCCUUGCUUUAAAUGUAAAAUGGACAGCUCGACGAUAACUCAAGAUGAAUCAUACAUAUAUACAGAAAUUAAUGAUACUGCCGAAUUAGAAGUUAUUGAUAAAGCUAAAACUGAUGAUUUUGAAUUUCCUCCCAUCGAAGGUUUGUCGAAAAGUUCAGAAAUCGCCAUACAAUCUCUACAUAGAAACGAUGUAGUUACAACGCUUGUGCCCAAAGUGGUUAUGGCUACAGGAAAUGUAUCACCUACAAAAUGCUUAACUCCAAGAUUGAGCUAUGGAGCUGUUCACGUACAUAGCUACCGGGAGAAGCAGGGAGUGCAUGAUGUUGUUUAUCAAGGAGAAUGGCAAAGAUAUAGACCUAAUACCAGAGGUGAACCUUUGAAAAGUCCGAUUAGUAAAGAAACAAAACUGACAGUCGACCGUAAGAAAAGAUCUCCAAAGGAGAAAAUUAUUGGAAAAGAUGCCAGAAAAGAAGUUGAAAAGCAGAAUUAUAAAAGACCUGUUCAAAUGCGGAAAGCCUUGGAAUCUAAAACGAAGUCAUUGGUUCGAGAAGAGAAUACGAUAGUUUCCAGCAAAGUACCGAAGAUACGAGCAUAUAAAGGAAGUAAAAAGAUAAGAAAAGUUGCAUCGAAAGUGACUGUGAGUUCGAUUUCGUCAAAAAAUUCCAAAGGAACAUAUGUUGUUAAAAAAACUGAUGUCACAAAUAUAAAGCCUGAUGGACAAUAUGGAAAAGCAUCUACUAUUUUACGAAGGAAUUACAUACCGUUGUACUUGAGACAGCGAAUGAAAAUGGAGAAGAGUCUCUCGAAUGUAAAUAACAAAUCUAUUAACGAUCCAAUAGAGACGAUAGGCAUAUUUCAAAUUCACAAACAAAAUCUUAAAUCGUUAGCAAACGAAAAUAAUCAUUUUAAUUUUAAUAAAGAGCGGCGUGAAAGAUACAAUUUCCUAGUUUAUCGUAAUGAGAAUGAAAAGAAAGAUAAGUCUCUACUAUCAAAAGUUGCAACCAAGGCAAGUUGGCAGAGUAAGGAGAGGGCGAAUAGAUCUUUUAGUCCUCAAUCACAAAAUAGCUCGACAUGUUCCUCGCCUAAUAGCAUAGCUACUAUACGCGUAGCAUUCAAUAAAAAGAGUUGUCAACGAGUUCGACAGAGUGCUUCACCACCUUUAACGUCUAAAAGCUUAGACCCUAAAAAAUCCCAAUCACCUGCAUCAACAAAAACCUCAAUCAUGAGAACAAUUGGGAGGAAAACAAAGCUAUCUGAAAACAAAGAAAACAUCCCUCAUCAAAAUGAAAAUAUCAAUAAAAACAAAGACAAAAGAGUGUUCGUGAGAGAUUCAAAAAAUGUAUACAUUUCUCAAUUGAAAGUGGAAAGUACAUCCAAACAAGUGGACCGAAAGAGUAGUGUGAAACAAAAAAAAUCACUCAAAUUAAAUACCACUAGUCUAGAUAAUGCAACAGAAAAACAAACAUCUGAUUUAAAUGUAGAGUCUGAGACAAAAGCGCAAAAUUCAAAAAACUUAGUCGAUAAUGAAAACGUUUGUGAGAUUAUUUCUAAUUUAACAUCCAUUGUAGAGCCAUCAAUCAAAGUUCAUAUAUCUGAACCGACAACACCAGAGAAAAGAAUCAAUAGGCAAGGCCUAGUAACUAACUGGAUUGAUAGUUCGAAUAUAGUUCUUACGGCUACUGCCGAUAACGUUGCAAUUGGAAUAAGGCAGUUAAUAGAAAGGACGCUUGAUUUUAUCGAUGAUUCUGUUGAUGGCGACAUUGGAAUUGAUUCUGAAACGGUGGUACUAAACCAAGAGAAUCACAAUUUAAGCGGUGACGAAAUUCUAUCGCAGACAAGUUUCACAUCAGCCAUAGACGAUGAGAGAUUUUAUUCUGGUUUAGAGAACGAAGCCAAUAAUGCACCGACGUGUUCAUUUAGUUCAGCUUUAGACGAUGAGUUUUUGAGUUUAGGUAGCAUGGGACUCGAAAUCAAUGAAUUUGAUUUGUUAUCAUUCAAAUCUAUGCCGUCUCAUUCUGAUUACGUCACAGUAAGUGAUGUGGCUUCGAGAAUUGAUUCUAUGCGGGAACUAUUUGAACGUAAAGAUACACAAGUACCUCAAAAAGCGGCAGGUACGUUAGCUAUUCAAGCGUUCAGCGGAUUUUCUUUGAACUCUGAGCCGUUUGUGGGCGACCAACCGGAUCGUGUAAAUUUGAUUGAUUCAGAAACCGGUAGCUUGGCUGUGGAGAUAACCAGACAAGCUACUUCCGAAGAAAUGUUCGUGUCCGGAAGAUCCUCGGAAAGCUAUGAAUCGUGUGUGUUAGACGAAGAUGCGGUCGUACCAGAUUGGCUGUUCAGAAUUAUAAGCCAGCAACAAGAGAUGUCCGAGGAACCUGAAACCGGUGGUUUAAUUAUUCCCCUGCCAUACGAUGAGCCAAUGGCUCUCGCUGAACCGAUGUACGAUGUGAACAGUAACGUGGUGGAGCCUGUCGGAGCCGGUUCUGGUGCGGGCGACGGUCGCGGUAUACACAGUGACUAUUCACAAGACAGUUCUGGUAGAGGAACUUCGUUAAGCUCCAGCGACACUUCGUCUGGAGCGCGUAGUGAGACGAUCACAAUCGACCCAUCAUCGUUUGCAGUCCAACUGGAAGUUGUUGGUGAAGGUAUUGAUGUACCAGAUUUGAACCAAAUUAGAUCCGAACAAUCCCUCAACAUUGAAGGAGCAACUAACUCGCGACGAGUACGCGAAAGGCGUACUAUUGAUCAACCAGUUACAUCGAGCGAUGUUGAGGCCGAUGUUAGUUCAACUGACACUGACGUUCCGGAUUCCGAUAAUUAAUUGUUUCCGUUUUAAAUAUUUAUA